AUGUUUCUCUAUUCGCUGACACUCCAACCCCCAACAACCGUCGGCCAAGCGAUUGUCGGACAGUUUUCAGGCACUGGGGAACAACAGAUUCUGACUGCCUCAGGGUCACGUUUGGCCCUUCUUAGCUCCAACCCGGCCCUAAGCCAAGUCAUAACAAUUUGCUCACAGGAUCUCUUCAGCAUCAUCCGAUCGGUUGCUUCAGUUCGUCUCGCCGGGACCACCAAGGAUUACAUCAUCCUAACUGCUGACUCGGGUAGCAUCGCCGUCGUGGAAUUCGUAGCGGCCCAGAGACGCUUCUCUCGCGUGCAGCUAGAAACAUUUGGCAAAUCAGGCGUGCGCCGUGUUGUUCCGGGUCAAUACCUCGCUGCCGACCCUAAAGGGCGAGCCUGUCUUGUCGCGUCCGUAGAGAGGAGCAAAUUCAUAUAUGUUCUCGACCGCAACGCUCAGGCUGAGCUCACUAUAUCAUCGCCUCUUGUAGCGCAUAGACAAGGCACCAUUGUUUUAUCUCUGAUAGCGCUCGACGUGGGUUAUGAAAACCCUGUAUUUGCGUCUCUUGAAACACAUCACUCGAAAUUGGACCAGGAUCUAUCCGGACAAACCUAUCCGGACGUUGAGCUUGUCUACUACGAGCUAGACCUUGGCGUAAACCAUGUGGUCCGCAAGUGGUCAGAGCCUGUGGAUCCAACAUCUUCUUUACUUUUCCAAGUCCCCGGUGGGAAUGAUGGCCCGAGUGGUGUACUUGUCUGUGCAGAGGAUACAGUGACAUAUCACCAUUCGAACCAAGAAACAUUACGCGUUUCCAUCCCCAGGCGCCGGGGCACUAUAGAGGACCCGAACUGGAAACGCAGUAUCGUUUCGGGGGUGGUGCAUAAGCUAAAGAGCGGAGCGGGCACCUUCUUUGCAUUACUGCAAACAGAAGACGGAGAUAUCUUCAAAGUGACGCUUGGUAUGCGGAGAGGGAUCGACGAGAACCCUACUAGCGAGGUAGGGGUUAUCAAAAUCAAGUAUUUUGAUUCUAUCCCUGUUUCAAGCAGCCUUUGUAUUCUCAAGUCUGGGUUUCUCUUCGCUUCUUGCGAGUUCGGAAACCACAACUUUUAUGAAAUUGAGAAGCUUGGUGACGACGACGAACCCGAGUUUACAAGUGAUAAUUCCUCCCCUUCUGGCACUGCUAUACCUACCUACUUUCACCCCCGACCUUUGGAAAAUCUCACCAUGGUUCAAACCAUCGACUCCAUGAGUCCUCUGCUUGACUCUAAAACUGUCAAUCUGUUGGAGGAACACAUUCCACGAAUCUAUGCAACGUGUGGUAACGGUGCCAGGAGCCGUUUCCGGGUGUUGAAGCACGGAUUGAAGGUUCAAGAGCAUGGUGCUUCCGAGUUACCCGGUCGAGCUUCAGGCGUGUGGGCAACAAAGCUUAGUAGACACGACAAACACGAUAGAUACAUCAUCCUGACCUGGUCUAAAUCGACCUCAGUAAUGAGUAUUGGAGAAGAGCUCGAUCAAAUCAGCGACUCAGGUUUACUCACUUCAGUACCCACCCUCGCCGUCCAGCAGAUGGGAGAAGACGGUCUUGUGCAAAUCCACCCUAAAGGCAUACGUCAUCUUCAAAAUGGGAAGAUGAUCGAUUGGCACACUCCGCAAUCUGUAUUGAUUCUUGCAGCGGCUGCGAAUGAACAGCAAGUCGCUAUAGCGCUGAGUUCCGGAGAGAUCGUCUACUUCGAAAUCGACAGUAGUGGGACUCUGACGGAGUAUGAUGGGUGGAAAAAGAUGAGUGGCACCGUUACCUGUCUCAGCCUUGGCCAGUUACCGACAGGCCAUUUGCGAAGCCCCUUCUUGGCAGUGGGAUCCGACGACUGUACCCUUCGAAUUCUGAGUUUAGAUCCGGAAUCUACGCUUGACAGAGAGUUGGCAGAUAUACGACAUAAAUUCAUUGGGUUGAAAGGUAUCAAGCUGUCACAAAUCACAAUCAAUGGGCAGAAGUGUGUUCUCGCUCUGGGUAUUACGCCGUGGGUAGGUUAUGUCGACCCCGCCAAGGGUUUCAUGAUGACACCUCUCUUGUACAAAGGAUUGGAAGCAGCUUGUAGUCUCAGAAGUCGGCAGUUUGAGGAGGGGGUUAUUGGAAUCCAAGAGAACAGCUUGCGGGUGUUCUCUGUUCAGAACAUUCACGAUAACAUGGUCCAAGAGUCUGUGCCUCUCACAUAUACUCCACAACAGCUCGUCAAGCACCCUGACCAACCCUACCUUUACGGUAUUGAAUCCGAAAACAAUACUCUGGCCCCACAGCUGCGGGUGCAGCUCCGGGAGGAUCCCAUUGUGUUCAAUGAAAUAUCGGCUGUUUUACCCUCAGAGAGCUUUGGGUAUCCCCGUGCACACAAAAGAUGGGCAUCAUGCAUUAAUGUCAUCGAGCCACUUGGCGAGGAACCUCAAACACUGCAAAGAAUUGACCUUGAGAACAAUGAAGCUGCCGUCAGCGCUGCAGUAGUCUCGUUUGCUAGUCAGAAUGGCGAGUUAUUCCUAGUCGUCGGCACUGGAAAAGAUAUAGUUCUUAACCCGAGGAACUUCUCCGCUGGAUACAUAUGGGUUUACCGGUUCCGUCAAGACGGGAGAGAACUAGAGUUCAUCCACAAGUCCGAGGUUGAGGAACCACCGAUGGCACUUUUAAGCUUCCAAGGUCGUCUGGCCGCUGGGAUUGGCAAAGUGUUGAGGAUUUACGAUUUGGGUCUCAAAAAAUUGCUUCGAAAAGCCGAAGCUGUCGUUACGCAGCAACUGAUUGUGUCUUUGUCAGCACAAGGCAGCCGCAUUGCCGUUGGAGAUAUCCAGCAGGGUAUCACGUUGGUGGUGUACAAGCCGAACUCCAAUAUACUUGUCCCAUUCGUCGACGACUCAGUGGCUCGAUGGACGACAUGCACGACCAUGGUGGACUAUGAAACCAUCGCUGGAGGAGACAAGUUCGGUAACGUUUGGAUAUUGCGCUGUCCUGAGAAUGUCAGCGCCAAGGCUGAUGACCCUGAUUUCGUGGGUCACCUGGGACGGGAGCAUCUCCACGGUGCCCCUGACCGGCUCACUCUGAUAUCACACUUCUUUACUCAAGAUAUUCCAACUAGCAUUUCCAAAGCAAGCUUCGCCAUUGGAGGGAAAGAUAUUCUCCUAUGGACUGGUUUGCAAGGGACGAUCGGUGUUCUGAUCCCGCUCGUCACCCGCUCGGACGCUGAGUUGUUUCACGCUCUGGAGGCACACAUGCGUACGGCAGAUCCACCUGUCACAGGCCGAGAUCAUCUCAUGUAUCGAAGCUCUUACAUGCCGGUCAAGGGCGUUAUUGAUGGGGAUCUCUGCGAGCGAUACGCAUUGCUUGCUGAUGACAAAAAGCAGAUGAUUGCUGAUCAGCUCGGUCACUCUGUGUUAGAAAUGGAAAGAAAGAUCUCUGAUGCCCGACAUCGAUUUGCCUUUUAG